UAUCCGCAUAGCAUUUGGACGCAUCGUUUAUUAAUCUUAUGCGUGCCGACAAUUAUUAGAAAAUGAAGGAUAACAUCGAAAAAUAAAUGCAAACGGAAUAAUGCGGAUAAAAUUAAACACUCUACAAGUAUUAUUGUUCCUCUUCAUUUUUCAAGCAGACUCGAAAGCAAUCAAAUGUUACCAAUGCAAUAGUAGGAAGGACGAUGACUGCACGCAGAACAAAGUAGAUAUUAAAUAUUUGAAACCGUGUCCACUGUCGCAUCGAUAUUGUCGCAAAGCCAUUUCCAUAUAUUAUUUUAUGGAGUCUCGGGAAUACAUAACAGUACGCGAGUGCGCAAGAUGGCGGAACACCGACAAACCGUGUUACAGGGGUCGUUAUUCGCGCGACAGUUAUCAACUUGUUUGCGAAUGUUACGGGACAGGGUGCAAUCGAUCUGCGAGGCAUUUCUCGAACAUGAGCAUAUUCCUUUACGUCCUGUGCCAACUGGUAAUCCUCCUGGGCCUAAGUCCUACGUGA